GACUUCGCUCACCUUCCUCAUUUGUCAGACAAUUUACGAAACAUAACGUCAAAAUCUUCGUACUAUGAUGAUGUCGUAGACCCGUCAUGUCCGUCGUUGAUAUCAUCGUGUAAUGUGAUGUAUUUACUAAUGAAAAAUUGUUUUUCCACAAUUAGUAACGUCGAUAUAAGUAAUGGAGUUUUCGGGCUUAAUUCUCCCUUUAACGAAGAAUAUAUGUCGCACUUGCCUUCUAGAAUCAGAUACAACAAUGUUUAUGAACAUACAAGACUUGAUUGAGCACGAGAUGAUUAAGGUUAAAUUAAUUGAUAUAUUAGUCUUCCUGAACUGUCUGGAAAACAAUGAUGAAGAAAACUGGCCUCAAGGGAUAUGCUCUUCCUGUGUAUCUACAGCUUUAGUCGCCUAUAAUUUUAAAUUGAACUGUUUGAAGGCGAAUACUACUUUGUCACAAAUUCUUAUGAUACAAUCUCCAACCAAUUUACAACGCACUGAUAUUGAUUCUAUUGAUAUAAAUGUUGUUUAUCAAGACCACGAGUAUGAUGUUCCACUGUUCAGUAAUAACCCUACUUUAGAUUUUGAUACCAAUUUAUCGGGAAGUAAAGAAUUGACGCCUUUGCCACCUGUAACCGAAAUAACUUUGACUGAGCAACCACCGAGAACCGAAGGAGAAAAAAGAUAUGCUUGCACUGUGUGUUCUAAAUCAUUCACUAAGAUUUACAGCCUGCGAUACCACAUGAACAAGCACAGUGAGAUCAGAAAGUACUUGUGUGCUAAGUGUGGUAAAAGUUUCCAUACAUCAAAUGGACUUAAUCAACAUUUGAAAUCACACAAAGAUGUUGCACAAUUCAAGUGUGGCUUCUGUCAAAAGACUUACAGGUCCAGGCAGUCUUUGAAGGAGCACUUUCGUGUGGCACAUUCAGGCAACCGCAUGUUAUAUGUUUGCGUCACAUGUGGAAAGAGAUUUACAGCUGGAUCCACCUUAAGGAAGCAUAUUAAGGCUCAUAAUGGAGAAAACCAAUUCCCUUGUCCUAGCUGCCCAAAGAUAUACACUAGGGAGUCGUAUUUGAGAGCUCACAGCCUGGUCCACACAGGACAGGAGAAGCCAAGACCAUUCACAUGUUCACACAAAGACUGCGGAAGAUCAUUUCCAACUAAACAUUCCUUAUUUGUGCAUAAUGCACACACACAUAGCUCUGAGCGUCCUCACAAGUGUAAAAUUUGUCUCAAGGGGUUUGCUACUUCUACUGGCUUGAGAAUACACUCAGAGUAUCAUGCUGGCAAGGAGGUUACUUGUAAUAUAUGUGGCAAGAGGCUGAAAAAUAAAAUUAUCUACCAAAGGCACAAGAAGAUUCAUGAUGUGGAUGCCAAUGACAUGAUUUUGGAGACUGUGGUGGACAAUGUAUUCUUUGACCAGGCCUAUUGAAGAGGGGGCUUGUAUUUAUAGUUAUGAAGGGCUUUGUUUUUAGUAGAUGCUGUCCCCAUUAUUAUUCCAGUUAAUAAAAACAAUUGAGGAGAA